AUGUUUAUAAUUACGUUUUUAUCCACGGUACUAAUUCUUUCUCGUGGGAAAGCUCGUCGUAUCGUUGACGGAGUCAAUGUGGAUGGAAGCAAUUGGGAUCCAUUUCUAUUGAUAUCGAAAGAUUUGUACGAAUCACCGAAUUACGAUAUAACACAUUGGGUACGGCAAUUGCAUCUACAGCAAUGCGCUUUUGUAGAAAUCGGAGAAGGAUUUUGUGCUUUGUUCGUCGAAUUACGUAGCAUACCUUCCGAAUCAAAAGUUCUGGAUAGCUCUGAGGUUGGUGAAUUUUUUCUUGGCAACUGUCCUUGUCUGACUCUUCACACUUGGGAAUUGUGCUCGCCCGAGUUGACUAAACUGAGGAAAACGGACUGCACUUUUAACGAAGCUACUCCAUAUUCAAACACAAGUGCCAGAGUUCACAGACGAUUAUGCGACAUAACUUCACUCGUCGAGAAUGCUUCAUCUUGCGACUGUUCCAUACCGAUAGCAGGUCAAGGAUUGUACAAGACAAAAGGAUUUCCAACAUGUUUUUUGAAUCCUCUACCCGAAAGUCUUUGUUCCCCACGCGGGGUUUGCGGCAUUGCUCAAUGUACAGCGAGCACAAUCAAAGGAAUACACACAUCUCAAUGUGACCCAAAUUGCCACCAGAGGCAACCGUUUUGCGAGGAAAUUGGCCCUUCGACCUCGGUCCCGGCAGAAAUUAACUCAUUAUGGUCACGGUGGUCGACGCCAAAAUGCAACAACAGUUGCGGUAAAGGAUUCAUGGUGGAAAUUGCAUCGUGCCAAGAUCAAAGGAAAACCGGCCAUAGACUGUAUAGGGCCAGGAUCGUUUUGGUGAGCCAACGCUCCUUUCAUCAUCAGGAAGUUGCCUCGAAUUCGUUGACGAAAGGUGUGAACUUUUCUAGCUGCCCGGACACCUUCGUUAAAUGUUAUUGCGAAGUAAACAUCGUUGAUGGAAUUAUGAGAGCGACCAGACUCACAGAACCUUGCAUUUCUAUCGAAGGGUGUAUAGCAAGCAACUCUGGAACAUUCACUUUUGAAGGAGAACUUGAUCCCGGUAACAACAUAGACUUGGACGAUGUUUACGAGAAUGAUGAUCGUGAAAGGUUCGAAGACACGUUGUGCCACUCGGAUUCGAUGCGUGUACAGCGGCGCCAUCUUCUUCAAGUUCACGGCGUGGAAGACGACUACUUGCUGCGCGAAAACAAUCUUGAGAACAAGAACUUUAAGGACGAGCGUGGUUAUCGUUCCGUUCUGAGGAGGCGAUCGGGAGGGGACGAGGCGAAUUACAGGAACCAGGACGAGGAGGAGGACUUGGAGGACGAGGACGAGGACGGGGACGACGAGAAGAGGGUUUUCUUCGCCGUUGGGAGGCCCGAUGAUGACGAGGACGAUGACGACGACGACGAGGACACGGCUAUCGGGUUCAGAGACUCCGCUAAGGGUCGUCGGAUCGAGGAGGCGAGGCCCGAUUACGCGGCGAUUGCGUUCGAGGGUAAGCCAGAGGUCGACGAACGGCAGAGGAAUGGGCAUGUGCAGAUGAAAGCGGCCGGGGAUGAUGAGGAGUGUGAGGACGAAGUCACGGAAAUACUGCAAUAUUACGAUUAUGAAUCUACCGGUGGAACUGUACAGAUUGGCCUCGCCCUGGAACUUGUUGCACUCAGCAUCUUAUUCUGGUUAUUUUAAACGGACAAGUAGGAUGAAGAUAGAAGAUUGAAUUUUGGAAUUAAUGUAUAAUUAAUUUUAUUUUACUCUAAUAAAUUUGUAUUUAAAAGAUGUAAGUUGGGUGUAGAAUGAUAGAAUUAUUAGAGACCGAGUUGAAGUAGGAUCAAAAUAUAUGAUGGCAUUAAGAUGGGA